AUGUCGUCGCCACAGGUGUCGGCGGAGUUGAACUCGGAUGCCCUGAUCAAAGACCUUCGAUCCAAAGCCAUCAACGAUGAUGCACGGAGACGGGCUGCCCAGCAGCUUAGAGAGCUGGUGGCAGUAGCACAACGAGAAGGAGAUGCGAUGAGGGGAGGGCGCUCCGGAUUGCUGACCAGACAAGACUUGAGCCCGGAGAUGUUCCAAGGCUACUGGGCCAAUGUCCAGGCCAAAAUCAGCGGCCUGCUGCAAGGUGACAGCACAAUCGACAAACUGGGCGGCAUCUACGCACUCGAUGCCUUUGUCGAUUUCGAGGGCGUCGACGCGACCGUCAAAUACACGCGCUUCGCGUCGGCGCUCACACGACUGAUGUCCGGCAAAGACAUCAACUGCAUGCAGCCCGCGGCCAUUGUUAUUGGCAAACUGUGUCGACCGGGUGGCGGCUCGCUGGUGUCGUCGCUCGUCGACACCGACGUGCAGCUGGCUCUCGAAUUCCUGCAAGACGGCAGCAGCGAGGAGCGGCGUUAUAGUGCGGCCCUGCUCUUGCGCGAGAUUGCACGGAAUGCUCCCACGCUCAUGUACGGCAAAGUAACCGACAUUCUCGACUGGAUCUGGGUCGGCCUCCGUGACCAACGUCACCUUAUCCGCGUGACGUCUGCUGAAGCUGUUAGUGCCUGCUUCAAAAUCAUCAGCGAGCGCGACCUGGAGAUGAAGAAUCAGAUCAUGGACAAGAUGUACAACGAGGCCGGCCAUGGUUUCAAGCUCAACACAGUCGAGUCCAUUCACGGCUCUAUGCUCGUUCUCAAGGAGCUGCUCGAGCAGGGCGGCAUGUUCAUGCAGCAUCGCUACACCGAGGCGUGCGAGAUCGUCUCGCGGUACAAAGACCAUCGCGACGCCGCCAUCCGCAAGAUGUCCGUCCUGCUCAUCCCCGACCUCGCCAUCUACGCACCCACCCAGUUCUCCGAGAACCAUCUCCACCAGUUUAUGAUUUACCUGUCGGCCAUGCUCAAGCGCGAGAAGGAGCGCAACGAUGCCUUUGUGGCCAUUGGCAGCGUGGCCAACGCCGUCAAGAGUGCCAUGGCGCCCUAUCUUGACGGCAUUCUGAUCUACAUCCGGGAAGGGCUGAGCGUCAAUUCUCGUAAGAAGGCGUCUGUCGACCCUGUGUUUGACUGCAUCAGCCGCCUCGCCGUCGCUGUCGGCCAGACCCUUACCAAGUACAUGGAGGCACUGCUGGACCCCGUCUUUGCCUGUGAUAUGACGCCCAAGUUGACACAAGCCCUCGUGGACAUUGCGUUUUAUGUGCCGGCCGUGCGGACCACCAUCCAAGAACGUCUGCUCAACAUGAUCAGCCUCGUCUUGAGCGGGGAGCCGUACAAGCACCUCGGUGCACCCAUUACGCAAGGCACCGGUGUGCUGUCUGCCCCGGUUACAACUGCAGCAUCAAAGGACGCCAGCAAAGACGCGGCCGCCAUUGAGCAGCACAAGACAGAGGUCAAACUAGCUCUCAACACACUCGGCUGCUUUGACUUCUCCGGCCACGUGCUGAACGAGUUUGUGCGCGACGUGGCUAUGCGCUAUGUUGAGGAUGACGACGCCGACACCCGCGAAGCGGCAUCUUUGACGUGCUGCCAGCUCUACCUGCGCGACCCUAUUGUCAACCAGGACAGCUACCACGCGAUGCAGGUCGUCGGCGACGUAGUCGAACGGCUCCUAACAGUCGGCGUGUCCGACCCUGUUCCCCACAUCCGCUACACAGUCCUCAAUGCGCUCGAUGACCGCUUCGACCGCCAUCUGGGCAAGGCGGACAACAUCCGGACUAUUUUCUACGCCCUCAACGACGAGUACUUCCCUAUCCGCGAGGUGGCCGUGCGCUUGAUUGGCCGCCUGACACGGGAGAACCCUGCGUACAUUGUACCCUCGCUGCGCAAGACGCUGAUCCAGAUGCUCACCGAGCUCGAGUUCUCUGAUGUGCCCCGGAACAAGGAGGAGAGCGCCAAGCUUCUCAGCCUCUUGGUCCAGAACGCCCAGAUGCUGAUCCAACCUUACGUGCAUCCCAUGAUGGAGGUUCUCUUACCCAAAGCGGCUGAUCCAACAUCCUCAGUGGCUGCAACAAUCAUCAAAGCCAUUGGCGAGAUUUGCACUGUCGGUGGCGAGGAAAUGCUGCGGUACAAGGACCGCCUGAUGCCCAUCCUUGUCGACGCGCUGCAAGACCAGUCGUCUAUGAUGAAGCGUGAGGCCGCUCUUCGUACCAUUGGCCAGCUGGCGUCCAACUCGGGCUACGUUAUCGACCCAUAUCUCGACUAUCCCCAGCUGCUCGACUUGCUUCAAAACAUCAUCCGCGGCGAACCCCAGCACGCCAUGCUGCGCCAAGAGACUAUUAAGCUCAUGGGCAUCCUCGGUGCUCUCGAUCCGUACCGGCACCAGCAAGUGGAGGAGCGCAGCCCCGAGGUGCAGCGCCGCGUGGACUCGACCCAGACGACCGACAUUUCGCUGAUGAUGACGGGUCUGACGCCCUCGAACAAGGAGUACUUCCCAACGGUCGUCGUCAAUGCCCUGUUGGGUAUUCUCAAUGACCACUCGCUGGUACAGUACCAUCAGGAUGUCAUCAGCGCUAUCAUGUCCAUCUUCCGCACGCUUGGUCUCGAGUGUGUGCCAUUCCUCGAUCGCAUCAUCCCUGCGUUCCUGCAAGUUAUCCGGAGUUCAUCGCCCUCCAAGGCAGAGGCAUACUUCAGCCAGCUCGCCACGCUUGUGAGCAUCGUCCGCCAGCACAUUCGCAACUACCUUCCCUGUCUCGUCGAGAUCAUGCAAGAAUACUGGAAUAGUUCCCCAUCGUUGCACUCGACGAUUCUGUCCCUGAUUGAGUCUAUCUCACGGACUCUGGAAGGCGAGUUCAAGAUCUAUCUGGCUGGCCUGCUUCCUCUGAUGCUGGGCCUUCUCGAGAAGGACACAUCUGUGCGGCGUCUUCCCUCGGAGAAGGUCUUGCACGCGUUCCUGGUAUUCGGUUCUAGUAGUGAAGAGUACAUGCAUUUGAUCGUGCCCGUGAUUGUGCGCACAUUUGAAAAGCCGAACCAGCCGACCUUUUUACGAAAAAUGGCGAUUGAGACAAUUGGCAAGAUUUCUCGUCAAGUCAACCUCAACGACUUUGCGUCCAAGAUCAUCCAUCCCCUGAACCGCGUUCUCGCGAGCGGCGAGUCUUCGCUGCGGGUGUCGGCUCUCGAUACCCUGUGCGCUCUCAUCCACCAACUCGGCAAGGACUACCUGCACUUUAUGAACAUGGUCAACAAGACCAUCCAGCACCAGGGCAUCCAGCACGCCAACUACGAGCUCCUCGUCGCCAAGCUGCAAAAGGGUGAUGUGCUGCCACAGGAUCUGACCUCGGAGACUCGGUUUGCCGAUCAGCUGGAUGAGGUAUCCUUCGCCGAGCAGCCCACCAAGAAGCUCGAGAUGAAUGCAAUUCACCUCCGCGCUGCUUGGGAGACCAAGGGUAAGUCGACCAAGGAGGACUGGCAGGAGUGGCUGCGGAGCUUCAGCACCACACUUCUGAAUGAGUCGCCCAACCACGCACUCCGUGCCUGCGCUGCGCUGGGCAACGUAUACCCACCUCUCGCCCGCGAGCUUUUUAACUCGGCAUUUGUCUCGUGCUGGAGCGACCUGUACGAGAACUACCAAGACGAGCUCAUUUCUAGUCUCGAGAAUGCCUUCAAGUCCGAGAACAUCCCACCCGAUUUGCUAGGCCUGCUGCUGAACCUGGCCGAGUUUAUGGAACACGACGACAAGGCGUUGCCUAUUGACAUUCGGGUCCUGGGCCGUGAGGCUGGACGCUGCCACGCCUACGCCAAGGCACUGCACUACAAGGAACUUGAGUUCUUGCAAGACCAGAGCUCGUCUUCUGUGGAGGCUCUUAUCUCCAUCAACAACCAGCUGCAGCAGUCGGACGCUGCUAUCGGCAUAUUGCGCAAGGCACAGCUGUACUCCGAUGGCAUUCAACUGCGGGAGACCUGGUUCGAGAAGCUCGAGCGCUGGGAGGAGGCAUUGGAGUUUUACGAGACGCGCGAGCGCGAGCUGCCGGAGAACGAGACGACCCCAAUCGAUAUUGUCAUGGGCAAGAUGCGCUGUCUGCACGCCCUCGGCCAAUGGGAUGCGCUCGCGACGAUCGCCGGCAGCACCUGGGCCAACUCGUCACAGGAGGUCAAGCGACUUAUCUCGCCGCUGGCAACUGCGGCCGCCUGGGGCCUGAACAAAUGGGACCUGAUGGACAUGUACCUGCAGGCCAUGAAGCGCAACUCGACCGACCGCGCCUUCUUUGGUGCCAUCCUCGCACUGCAUCGCAAUCAGUACCGUGAGGCAGCCAUCUGUGUCGAGCAGGCCCGUCAGGGUCUCGAUGUCGAGCUUAGUGCCCUCGUUACCGAGUCGUACACCCGGGCCUACCAGGUGAUUGUGCGCGUGCAGAUGCUGGCGGAGCUCGAAGAGCUCAUCGUGUACAAGCAAUGUGACGCCAAGAAGCAGGAGUCUCUCCGCCACACGUGGGACCGCCGCCUGCUCGGCUGCCAGCGCAAUGCCGAGGUGUGGCAGCGUAUGCUGCGCCUCCGCAGCCUUGUCGUUACGCCCAUGGAGAACAUGCAGAUGUGGAUCAAGUUUGCCAAUCUGUGCCGCAAGUCGUCCCGCAUGACCAUGGCCGAGACGUCGCUGCAGCACCUUAUCGGCAACGAGGACCCUCUCGAGUACACGAUCCCCUACUGGGUGGACGCCGAUGUCGUGGCCGAACGUGAGUCGAAGCGCGAGCGCGAGCGGGAACGCGAAUACCACCGACGCCGCGCCGCACGGGAAAGCAUGGCGGGCAACGGCCUGGGCGACGUGGAGAACGGCCGCGACCGCCGCGACUUCCGCAACGGUCGCUUGUUGUAUGAGAAUAGUGGCUAUAACAGCAACAACAACGAGUUGCUCUUGCUAGGCGGCAGCGGCGGACCAAACGGCAUGGGAGGCGCCAUGAAUGCGUCGCUCCACGACGACUAUCCCCGCGCGCCGCCGCCACCACCCGCACAAGUCAUCUAUGCCGUGCUGAAGUACCAGUGGGACCGUGGCCAACUGGCCAAGCAAAAGGGCUCAGGCAUUUCUGAGAAGUCGCUCGACUGCCUGCGCAAGUUCACCAGCGACCUCAACUAUCGGCUUGAGGGUGCUCGUCAGCAGUACCAGCUUCAAAAUAAUGUUAUGAACAACACGGGCCCCAUGACAGCACUGAACAGCGUGGGCAGCGGUGCCAAUAACGCGGGCAGCAUUGCUAAUGUUGGUGGUGGCGGCCAGCUCAACUCGGAAAGCCAGCGCAUGCUGCAGGAGCAGACGACCUUGCUCGCCAAAUGCUAUCUCCGCACGGGUGACUGGACGGUCGCGCUCAACCGUAACACGUGGCGGCGCACCCACGUGCGCGAGGUGCUCAGCAACUACGCGCACGCAACACAGCACAACCCCAAGUGGUACAAGGCGUGGCACGCGUGGGCGCUGGCCAACUUUGAGGUUGUGGAGUUCCUGACGGCGUCCAGCGCGAAUGCCAACGGCAGCGGUGCUACCAACGGCGGGCCGAACGGUCAGGUGAACGGCGCGCAGUCAUCACGGAACGGCAGCGUGUCGUCAUCGCAAAACAGCCGACUCAACGCCAACGGAGCAAGUGACAACGCUGCUUCCGGCCCAGUCGAUUACAGCAGGGUCCUCGAGCACGUUGUGCCGGCCGUGCACGGCUUCUUCCAGUCGAUUGCGCUGUCCAAGGGCAGCACGCUGCAGGACACCCUGCGCCUGCUGGCCCUCUGGCUGACACAUGGUGGCCACCCCGAGGUGAACUCAGCGGUGACGGACGGCUUUGCGCUCGUCAACGUGGACACGUGGCUCGAGGUCAUUCCGCAGCUGAUUGCGCGCAUCAACCAACCGAACAAGCGCGUGCAGCAGUCGGUACACAACCUGCUGGCGGACGUGGGCCGGGCACACCCCCAGGCGCUGGUGUACCCGCUGACGGUCGCGAUGAAGUCGUGGCAGAACACGCGGCGGUCGCGGUCGGCCGCGCAGAUCAUGGACAGCAUGCGGCAGCACAGUGCGAAGCUGGUGGAGCAGGCCGAUCUCGUCAGCCACGAACUUAUCCGGGUGGCCGUCCUGUGGCACGAGCUCUGGCACGAAGGGCUGGAGGAGGCGUCGCGUCUGUACUUUGGCGACCACAACAUCGAGGGCAUGCUGUCGGUGCUGCAGCCGCUGCACGACAUGCUCGAACGCGGCCCCGAGACGCUGCGCGAGAUCUCCUUUGCACAAGCGUUUGGUCGUGACCUUAGCGAGGCGCGCGAGUGGUGUAAGCAAUACGAGAUCAGCCACGACGUCAGCGACCUCAACCAGGCCUGGGACGUGUACUACCAGGUUUUCCGGCGCAUCACGCGGCAGCUGCCGCAGAUCACUUCGCUGGAGCUGGCGUACUGCUGCCCGAAGCUGGUGACGGCUCGUGACCUGGACCUGUCGGUGCCGGGCAAGUACCGCAGUGGACAGCCGGUGAUCCGGAUUAUGUCGUUUGAGACGACGUUUACGGUGAUUAGCUCGAAGCAGCGGCCGCGCAAGCUCAACAUCAACGGCAGCGACGGUGCAAGCCACACGUUCCUGCUCAAGGGCCACGAAGACAUCCGGCAGGACGAGCGGGUGAUGCAGCUGUUUGGGCUGUGCAACACGCUGCUGUCGAUGGACUCGGAGUCGUACAAGCGGCACCUCAACAUUGAGCGGUACCCGGCGAUCCCGCUGUCGCAGAACUCUGGCCUGCUGGGCUGGGUGCCGAACAGCGACACGAUCCACGUGCUGAUCCGCGAGUACCGCGACUGUCGCAAGAUCCUCCUUAACAUUGAGCAUCGCAUCAUGCUGCAGAUGGCGCCGGACUACGACAACCUGACGCUCCUGCAAAAGGUGGAGGUGUUUGGGUAUGCGCUGGACAACACGACGGGCCAGGACCUGUACCGGGUGUUGUGGCUCAAGAGCAAGAACUCGGAGGCGUGGCUGGAGCGGCGCACCAACUACACGCGGUCGCUGGGUGUGAUGUCGAUGGUGGGCUACAUUCUGGGCCUGGGCGACCGGCACCCGUCGAACCUGAUGCUGGACCGGGGCACGGGCAAGAUUAUCCACAUUGACUUUGGCGACUGUUUCGAGGUGGCGAUGAAGCGCGAAAAGUACCCGGAGCGGGUGCCGUUCCGGCUGACGCGGAUGCUCACGUAUGCCAUGGAGGUUAGCAACAUCGAGGGCAGCUUCCGCAUCACCUCGGUGCACGUCAUGCGCGUGCUGCGUGCCAACAAGGACAGUGUCAUGGCUGUUCUUGAAGCGUUCAUUCACGACCCUCUCCUGACGUGGCGGUUGACGAAUGCCCAAUCGCCUGCCGGACCCAACUUCCAAUCGGAGCGCGAACUGGCGCUGGUUGGACCGCAAGCAGGCGGCGGCGGCGGACGUGCCCGUCGGCCGUCUGUGCUCGACAGCAACAUGGCACCGUCGGAGCUGCUGGCGGGUGGUGAUGUGAAUAGCGCUCAGAUUGGCAUCGUCGGCGGCCCACCGGGCGCCCGCGGUCGCGCACGCACCAACAGCUCGCUCCCCCCGCCGACCACCAACGGAACCAACCCGAACGGCACGAACGGCGACACGAACAGCGCCAAUCCGAACGGCGCAAGCGGCCUCAAUGCCUACGGGCAGAUGGCGGCGCCCGACCCAGUGGAGCUGCAGAAUGCGCGGGCGGUGGAAGUGCUGGACCGUGUGCAGCAAAAGCUGACGGGCCGCGAUUUCAAGAAUGAGGAGGAGCUGGAGGUGGACAUGCAGGUCAACAAGCUGAUUGGCGAGGCGACGCGGCUGGAGAACCUGUGCCAGCACUACAUUGGCUGGUGCAGUUUCUGGUAG